AUGGAGGCAUUUGACAAGAUAAAGAUUGCUUUGACCCAAGCUCCUAUUGUGAGAGGGCCUGACUGGAGUAGGCCAUUCAAGAUCAUGUGUGAUGCCUCAAAUUAUGUGAUAGGAGUGGCGCUAGCUCAACGCGAGGGUAAAAAUCCUUAUGUCAUUGCCUAUGCCUCUAAGACCUUAGAUGGAGCCCAGUCCAACUAUACUACCACCGAGAAGGAAUUGUUAGCAAUUGUCUUUACCUUGGAUAAAUUCCGGGCUUAUUUACUUGGAUCCAAGGUGGUAGUAUACUCGGACCAUGCAGCUUUGAAGUAUUUGUUGGCCAAGAAAGAAUCGAAACCAAGGUUGAUCCGAUGGUGGGUGGAGGCAAUUCCAACCCGAACUGAUGAUACUAAUAUGGUUCUUUCUUUUGUUCAUAAUAACUUUAUUUGUCACUUUGGGUCACCACGAGUAAUCGUGAGUGAUCAAGGCUCUCAUUUUUGCAACAAAAGGAUGACAGGGUUGAUGAAGAAGUAUGGCAUCAUUCACAAGGUGGCCACGGCAUACCACCCCCAAACAAAUGGUCAAGCCGAAGUCUCCAACCGGAAAAUCAAGCGCAUAUUUGAAAAGAUUGUGAAGCCUCAUAGGAGGGAUUGGAGUUCUAAGCUCGGAGAUGCACUUUGGGCCUACCGAAUGGCUUAUAAGACACCAAUUGGUAUGAGCCCGUUACGGUUGGUCUAUGGGAAGGCUUGCCAUAUCUCGGUGGAGGUAGAACAUAAGGCUUAUUGGGCCGUAAAAGAAUGCAACUCAGGAUUUGAAGGGGGGAAGGGGGGGGCAGAAUCGAAAGGAAGUUACAGUUGGUGGAGCUUGAGUGUCUUCGGUUGGAAGCCUAUGAGAAUUCAAGGCUCUACAAAGAGAGGAUGA